GGAUGUAUUUUGCAAAUCCAUGAAAUACCCCACAAAAACCAGAGAGUGCCCGUCUUAUCUUUUCCUUCCUGAUACUGCAUCAGAAGUCAGGGUGGUAACCAUCUGAAUUAGAGUAACUCAGUUGAAUCUUCUUGCUCUCAAUUGCCACUCAUGCUUGCUUCUCUCUUCCUCUCUCCUUACCCUUCUUCAACCUCCUUCCAAUCUUCUUCCUGUCUGAUUACUCUCUCCAUGAACAGAGACCAAAACCCCACAAGAAACCCAGAAGAAACUUCAUCCUUCAAUCUCAACAAACACCUCGUCUCAGCGGACCCCAUUUCCCGCCCCGAUGGAGCCAUCAAGAUGCCGACUGCCCCGUGGAUGAAGGGUCCUCUUCUUCUCCAACCCAAUGAAGUACUACACCUCAGAAAAUCGGGGGACAAGAAUCGUUCAAGCACCGUUAAAGACCAAGAAAAAUCUGACCGGGCUUUGACUGGUAAAGAGAGCGGCGUCAGAGGCAAGAAGGCAAUGAAGAAAAUAAUUCAAAACGUCGAGAAACUUAAAGAAAGUCGAGAUGUCGAGGAGACCGAGGAAGGGAAUCGCGAGGAAUUUGAAUUUGGCGAUUGUUUGAGGCAGAUUGAGGGUGCUGAUGAGAAGGACGAUUUUGGCGGUAGAAUGCCAUGGUCUAGGGAGGAUGACAGGGUGGUGUUUAGGAGGCUGAAGAAGGAGAAAGUGGUGACUGCUGCUGAGUUGGUUCUUGAUAAAGAUUUGCUUGAGAGAUUGAGAGAUGAUGCUGCGAGACUGAGGAAGUGGGUGAAGGUGAAGAAAGCGGGGGUGACUCAAGGUGUUGUUGAUGAGAUUAUGUUGAUAUGGAGGAGGAAUGAGCUAGCUAUGGUGAAAUUUGAUCUUCCUUUAUGUCGAAAUAUGGAUAGAGCUCGAGAAAUUAUCGAGAUGAAGACUGGAGGCUUGGUUGUCUGGAGCAGGAAAGAUGCUCUUGUUAUUUACAGAGGAAGCAACUAUCAGUUGACCUCAAAAACGUCCAAGGACAGGCACUCAUGUUUUCCUGGUGGUUCCUCAUUGAAACUCAGUCAUUUUUCUCCGAGUAGUAAAUUAAAAUUUUCUCAAGGGAAUUUCUAUCCAACUACCUUUGAUGAAAUUAUUUCCACAGAGGAUGUGAAUGAUGACUCUAUGCCAUCUGUGGACUUCACUGGAGAAAAUGAGACUAACCAGCCAGUUAAUGGCUCACUCUAUGAAAGGGAAACUGAUAGAUUAUUGGAGGGGUUGGGACCUCGUUAUAUUGACUGGUGGAUGCGAAAGCCAUUGCCAGUAGAUGCAGACUUGCUUCCGGAAGUGGUUCCUGGAUUUGCACCUCCAUUAAGGCGUUGCCUGCCACGUACUAGGGCAAAGCUGACAGAUUAUGAACUGACGUACUUGAGAAAGCUAGCUCAUCCUUUACCUUUUCAUUUUGUACUUGGGAGGAACAGAAGACUUCAAGGUUUAGCUGCUGCUAUAUUGAAAUUAUGGGAAAAAAGUCUAAUUGCAAAGAUUGCUAUAAAGUGGGGCAUUCCAAAUACCAACAAUGAGGAAAUGGCAAACGAGCUAAAGGCAAAACUCACAGGAGGAGUUCUGAUACUACGCAACAAGUUUGUUAUAUUGUUCAGAGGCAAGACUUUCUACCUUUGUGGAGUUGCAGAUUUGGUAUUGGAGAGAGAAAGGGCACUUGGAGGACGCCAACUUUUUGAAGAAGGUGCUCGACUAAAUGCAGUGGAAGCUCUUGAGGUUGCUGAUGAGCCAGUGGUAAGUACUAGCAAUGCUGGAACUUUGUCAGAAUUUCAAGAUAUGCAAACCAAGUUUGGGGACCUGGGAAAAGGAAAUGUGGAAUUUGAACAACAGUUAGCAGCUGAAAAAGAAAAAUUAGAGAGGGAACUGAGGAAAGAAGAACAAAAACUUUUCAUUCUUACAAUCAAGAUGGAGAAAUCAGAGAAAGAGUUAAGUAAGUUGAAUUCUGCUUGGGAACCUUCCGAGAGGGAUGCAGACCAAGAAACACUGACAGAGGAGGAGAGGGAAUGCUUACGGGAAAUAGGACUGAAGAUGAAUAGUAGCUUAGUUCUGGGCAGGCGUGGGGUCUUUGAUGGUGUAAUAGAAGGCGUGCAUCAGCACUGGAAGCAUAGGGAAGUUGUGAAGGUGAUUUCAAUGCAGCGAGCGUUCUCACAGAUUCUUUUUACUGCACAACUGCUUGAGGCAGAGAGUGGUGGAAUUCUGGUUUCAAUAGACAAGCUGAAAGAAGGUCAUGCUAUUAUUAUUUAUCGUGGAAAAAAUUAUGGACGGCCUUCGAAGUUGAUCACUGAGAAUCUUCAUACCAAAAGAGAAGCGUUGAAAAGAUCUCUUGAAAUGCAGAGAUUUGGAUCAUUGAAGUUUUUUGCAUAUCAGAAGCAGCGUGCAAUAUCAGAUUUGAAGCUCAAAUUGGCCAACCUGAAGGGAAGGAUGAAAGAUAAUCUGGAAGAUUCAUGAACAAGAAGCGAAAAGAUGCGCCCUUCCCGUUAAUUAGUGGCAAAUAGUACACAUGCACCCAGGAAGAGUUUCCUGACCUGUCUGUCAUGUGGCAUGAACCUGAGAGCACCUGCACAAUAUGUUGAUUUUUGUUUGAAGCAUAAUUAAGCUUGCCUAUAUGUGCAUCAAUAUUUGGGAUUUGCUUUCUCUUCGGGAACAAGUCAGCAUGCACUUACACGGGCGAUAGAGAAAAAUCAGGGCAGAUUCAUAUUCCAAAGCCGUAGCUGUUGAUUCAGAGACGUUCAGCCCAUGACAUGUUGCAUACUGUGUGAUGAGCGUGAUGGUGAUGUGGGUCCUCGCUGAAUCAAGGACUAGCAUAUGCGCAUGGGAUUUACCGAUUCGGAGGAUACUUUCUAGUGAAAUGGUAAAAUGCCCAAUUGCUUAUGCAUACUGUCAAACAUUACAAGCUUAAUGUCAUGCCAAAUUGAUGAACGGUUAGGACUUUCUUCGAUCUUAACAAGGGAAGUUCAGCUAUGGUGGUUCCGGCACCUAGAAUUCACUGGCUAGUGUGGAAUGCACAAGGCAGUGAGCAAGCUUUGACUUGAAACAUGGAAUCUCCAAUAUGGUAUUAUGCUCCUCAGCAAGAUGGAUCUGCAUUUUAUUGUAAUUGAGACAAAAAUCACAAUUGAUGACAGGAGUUCUUGUAAUCAGGACUUUCUGUAGGGAACUGCAAAUUACCAAUAUAGGACAUGUCUCUCAAUUUCAUUUUUGUUCAGUCAAUUAAUACACCAUCUUUAUGAUACAAAAAGGAUGUAAUACACUUUCACCUAAA